CAUGCCUGCAUUUGAAAUGUUUGAAGAAGCAACACCUCGGGCCCCCAUGCCUACUGGUGGUAUGGUAUAAAGUGUGUGUGUGUGUGUGUGGGGGGUUUACUAAGGUUAAGGGUAGAUAAGAGUAGUGAAGUGAAGUUAUGUUAACCUACAAUGAUGGUAUUUGUCUGCUAAUUGAAUUUAUUGAGUAUUUGUUAUUCAAAGCAUUGCAUGUGUGUGUUUUUUCAGGAAAUCUCGCUGUGAUGAAUAUUAACAUGGAUGAGGAAAUAAACAGGAUUGCCCAUCACACUGAUGCAUAUAAGCUCAGCAAACUGAUCAUCCGUCGGGGUCAAGAGUUCAUCAUGGGCAUUGUCUUCAAUCGCCAAUUUGACCCGAAAACAGACUUGUUUUUUAUUGAGUUCCUGAUUGGUGAGCCUCUACUUUCUGUUUAUAUAAAAUAUGAAACAGUGCCCCUGUUGUUCUCAAAUGAAAAGGAUAAAGGAUGUUUGAGUAUAAUAAGAUUGUUUUACAGUGUUGGCUCUUCAGUCCGAAACAUUGUGUGUUGCAUUUGUCUUAUAGGCAUGAACCCCAUCCGUACCCAAAAGACGUUAAUCAGCUUGACCCCUGGUGAAAAUAACCCGAUCAGUAAUUGGGGCAUCCGUGUGGUGGAGACCAUUAACACUGAGACUAAGUUGGGCAUCACACCAGCCGCUGACUGCAUUGUGGGUCUGUAUAGCACUUAUGUAACUGUUAUAACCAAUGCUGGAAAACAACGCUCUCAAAGAAAUCAGACAACAGACUUCUACGUGCUGUUCAACCCCUGGGCGCAGAAGGAUCAGGUUUACCUGGGCAAUGAGGAAGAGCGGCAGGAGUAUGUGCUGAAUGACGUGGGAAUGAUCUUCAACGGAUACUAUAAUAAUAUUGGCAGCCGACCAUGGAAUUAUGGACAGUUUCAGAGUGGAAUUCUGGAAGCUUGCAUCUUCAUCCUGGAUUUUGGGAAAAUGCCCCUCCAGUACAGAGAUGAUGCUGUAAAAGUGGUUCGGAAAGCCUCAGCUAUGAUCAACUCCCAAGAUGAUGAUGGAGUCCUAGUAGGUAGCUGGAGUGGUGACUUCAUGUUUGGUACUGCGCCCACAGCCUGGACAGGCAGUGUAGAGAUUCUGCACCAGUAUUAUUCGGAAGGCGGUGUGCCUGUCAAGUUUGGCCAAUGUUGGGUGUAUGCUGGAGUGUUCAACACUUUCCUACGGUGCCUUGGCCUUCCUGCGAGGGUGAUUACCAACUACUGCUCUGCGCAUGACAACAAUGGUAACCUGCAGGCUAACAUUGUGCUAAACGAGGAUGGGAGUCUGGACAGAGAAGUCUCAGACACCAUUUGGAACUUUCACUGCUGGAAUGAGGUGUUUUUGAAGAGGCAUGACAUGCAUGAAAAGUACUCAGGCUGGCAGGUGGUGGACUCCACUCCUCAGGAAAUCAGCGAGGGUUAUUACCGCUGUGGUCCUGCAGCUGCUGAAGCCAUCCACAAUGACCAUCUGGGAUAUGCGUUUGAUGCACAAUUUGUGUUUUCUGAGGUCAACAGUGAUGUGGUUUACUAUAAAAGAGACAAGUACAAAAACCUGAAUGUCAUCUAUGUGGACAAAACCUAUGUCGGAAAGUUGGUUUUGACCAAAAUGAUUGGCUCCAAUGAUUAUAACGACAUCACAAACUCUUACAAAUAUACUAAGAGCAUGUCACGGCGGCAGACACAGAUGCAAGUGCAGGACCCUGAUGUGCAGCUGUACACCCAGGCCACCAAAAACAACAAGGGCAUAAUGUUAACCAUGACAUUUAACAACCUGAGCAAUGAGCCCCGCACCAUCACCUGCAAAAUCACUGGCAAAGUGGAAUUCUACACUGGAGCCACCCGGACCCAGUUCAUGUUCCUCACCCAUGAGAUGGCUCUCCAGCCUUUGGAAUCUAAGCAGGAGGUCAUCAUGGUGGCAGCAGAUGAGUACAAGAACAUCAUCAUAGGCCAGUCUUUCCUGUGCUUUCUUGUGUAUGGCUUCAUUAACGAGACCACCAUGUCUCUCUCUGCCAUGGAACCAAUCCAUCUGGGCACCCCGGAACUUCUCCUUGAGGUGAGCAAACUGUCCCAGGUUGGAAAGGAUAUGUUUGCAAUCGUGGGCUUCACUAACACAGUUGGCUACGACCUUACCGAGGUCACUGUGCGCAUGGAGGGAAUGAACCUCUUUCCUGUGAAAACCAAAAAGUACAGCAUCAUUCAACGAGGUUCUAAAAUAAAAUGGAUUGAGUCGUUCAAGCCUCAGCUGACCGGCACCAUGACGCUAGUGGCCUGCUUGGAUUGUACUACUCUGAGAAACGUGUGUGGACACUUGGACAUCACCAUACAGCCUGAAAACAACUAAACAGGAAGAUGCACACCCA